AUUUAAAUAUAUCAGAAUCAGAGGGAAAUACAACCGAAAUACAGUACCCAACAUCUCAGGUUGUUGAACACGACGGCGAACAGUCUACCAAUGAAAGCAUAUUUGAGCUGGAAUCGCUGGACAUUUUUUCACAGCAUUCAAGUGAUAAAGAUCAAGGUGAAAAUAAAGAUCAAAGCGAAACUCCUUCAAACGUACGUAGACUUUUCGUCACGGAGAAAGGAAAUCUGAAAUGGCGAAGCGAUUAUGAGGGCCUUUGUCAUGUUGUUGAACAGCUACAACUACAGCCAGGGAAGUGGACUAUACCGAGGGGACAGUGUAAACAAUUUGAGAACAGCGAU